AUGACUCCACAGAAAAGAUAUAACAGUGGGACGUGUCUUUCCUUUCAUCUCCUUUUUGCCUUGGAAAUCAGAAUGAGAAGGAUGGUCUUUGCUGGUGUUAUCCUAUUCUGCCUCUUAGGUGGUGGCAUUGAAUGGUAUUCAGUUAAAGGCUGCACAAAGAACAUAACAGAGUGCUUCAAGAGAACUAUCAAACGGCGUGAACUUGUAUCUACUCACUGCUGCCGUCGUCCUUUGUGUAAUUUCUGA